UGUAACAAUCUGCAGCGAGCGGCAACUAGCGACACAGCUGCUGUAGCAUUUCUUGCCUGCCCUCUUGUCUCCUGUGCAGCUACAGCGCUACUAGUUAGCCACAGGACAAUAUUCCUGCUGUAGGCUUCAAGACAUGUUCGUCUUUAAGAGUUCCACUCAUCCCAGUGAGUGAAAUUGGAACAAGUUAGUCCAUUGAUAACCUACAAACGCAGGUGGUCUAGUCACAGCUGAUGAGUGUGAUGAUGAUGAUGGGAGGAGGCUACUGCAGCCGAAGGUGCAGCCCCCAACGCCAGUGCUAGUACCCGUCUCCAGUCUCCAACCCCUGGUUUCUCUGCCAGCCCUGGUCUCACUUGGCACCACUUCUGGCCCCACCAUGGCUAACCACCUGGAGCUUCUCAAUGAGCUGCAGCAGCUAGACAAGGUGCCUAGCCUGGAGCGCCUGAGGGCGGCCCAGAAGCGCCGCAUACAGCAGUUGAAGAGAUGGGCCGUAUACGAGAAGGAGAUGCAGAACAAGAAACGCAAGGCGGAAAAGAGAAGGAACGCUAAUCAUGCCACCGCCAUGGAGGCUAAACGUCACGUAUCGUUUGCUGCUAGUGUGGCGCUGCUAGAGGCCUCGGCACGGAACGAUCCUGAAGAAGUACGUUACCUGUUGAAGAACAAUGUCAGUCCAGACCUGUGCAACGAGGACGGUCUCACUGCUCUGCACCAGUGCUGUAUUGAUAACUAUGAGGAGAUGGUGAAAAUCAUGUUGAAUCGUGGAGCCAGUGUAAACGCCAAGGACAAUGAACUGUGGACGCCGCUACACGCUGCUGCCACCUGUGGACAUGCAGGAUUGGUCAAGGUCCUCAUACAACAUGGAGCGGAUCUGUUAGCGGUGAACUCUGACGGCAACAUGCCCUAUGACCUGUGUGAAGAUGACCCUACACUGGACAUCAUCGAGACCGCCAUGGCCAACAGAGGCAUCACUCAGGAGAUGAUCAAUGAGACCCGGGCGUCUGUAGAGAGGAGGAUGAUGGGAGAUAUCCAGAAGCUGCUGACGGAGGGAGAGGACGUCAACCACCAUGAUUCACAGGGAGCUACUCUGCUCCACAUUGCAGCAGCCAAUGGUUACGUCCAGGCCGCUGAGUUGCUGCUGGAGGGAGGGGCCAGGAUGGACCUGAGAGACACUGACGGAUGGCAGCCGCUCCACGCUGCAGCCUGCUGGGGUCAGAUGCAUGUAGCAGAGCUGCUGGUUUCUCACGGUGCCAGUCUCAAUGUCAAGACCUUCCUAGAGGAGACUCCCAUUGACCUGUGUGAAGACGAGGAGUUCCGAGCCAUCCUGCUGGACCUGAAACACAAACACGACAUCAUCAUGAAGUCUCAGCUUAAACACAAGACCUCCCUGUGUAGGAGGACAUCCAGCGCAGGCAGCCGUGGGAAAGUGGUGCGGAGGGCAAGCCUGUCUGACAGACACAACCUUCGUGUGAAGGAAUACGAGACUGAGGCCAUCGUGUGGAGAGGUGGGAGGGAAGGAGGGAGGGAAGGAGGGAGGGAGGAGCAGGAGAAGGAGACGGACCAGGAGAACAGCCAUCCCAUCAAUACAACGGUUACUACGGUGAUUCCAGUGAAGCCAGUAGUGGAGAGACCCAAACUACAGAAGACCUUGAAAGAUGCUCCUAGCGGCAUCAUCAAACAAAAUGGCAUCGUCUCCACGACGACGUCCACGCCCACUCCCAGUCAGCUGCCGCCAACCAAUGACGAGCCUCCAUCCCCUGACACGAAGAGCGCGUCAUCCGAUCAGCUCCCAGAGGACUCCUCCUCCUCCUUGCCCAGAGAGCGCUCUCAGACCCUGUCGGAACUGAAAAAGCAGAGGUCGGCCGCCAAGCUCCUCAAUCACCCGCUCCUCAACGGUCACCUAGGAAACGGCUCCACAGAAUCCCCCGAACCCCAGAGCCCUGUGGACUCCCGUAUGCCCCUCGUCUCGUCCAAUGGCAGUACAGUGUACUACACCCCGGCAAGUGGUGACCCGCCCAUUCUCAAACUCAAACAGCCAAUAGAUGAUGAGGAACCAAAGGAGGGCAGCUGCUGCUGUGUCUCCUAGGGAGGAGGUGGAGGUCACCCCAUGACACUGAUCUAAGGUCAGGCUUACUGUGUUUUCCUCCAAUGGAUUAAGGUUCGGGUUCGGGGAGGGAAAGCUGAUUCUAGAUCUGUGCCUAAGGGAAACUUCUUCCCGGAUAGAGCGUGUCAGAGCAGGAUGGUCUUGUGACUGUGGAGCAGGAAGCAGGAAGAGAUUACACAGAGGGAGACCAAAAGGUGGAGCUGGUCCAGCCAGGUGAUUGGUUCCUGUCCCUCCCCACUGUUUAACACUCCAGGCCAGGCCAGUAUGGAGCAUACCCUUACUCUGGAAAAUGACCGUCCUGUAAGGACGUGAGGAAUCCAGGCCAGAUGAAUUGUGGAGGAGCCACUGUGAUAGCUUGUGGUUGAUGCAGAGGGCCAGGAGGUGGAACAAGAUGGCCCCUAGCCCCUACGAGAAGGAAGGUCUUGUGCCCUAUAAAGGAAUAGAUGGCCAGGCAGUGUGCUCUCCCAUGUUAACCAUAUCUGGUGUCUUACAACUUUUGACUGAAUCACUGUUUUCAAACCACAUUCCUCCUUGUAUCCACUGUUUCUGAAAGUGUAUGAGGGGGAAAACAUGGCAAAGAUCCGCUCCACCAUAUCAGAAUACACUCGUAAUAAUUAGUGUACCUGUGUGGGUCCACUGAGUAGCAAGAGGGAAGGGUCGUCUUUCCUAAGAAGUAUUCUCGUUCAAAUGCUAACUAUUUCAGCAAAGGGAAGGAAUGGUUAAUAACGUAACAGAACAGUAUUACUGACUGUCUACCAUCUAUCUGUUCCUGUGAAGGAUGAAAGGAUUACUGUACUAAAGACAUUUGAAACAAUGUGCCAUUGAAUGUCUUCUCUUGCUGACCGUCCGUAUCCAAACUGACAGUGAUCAACGUGGUAGAAAGGGGGGUUCAUAUGCCCCAUGUCUUAUUUGUUCGUAAUUUAAGAAAAAAAUAUUGUUUGAAAAUGUGUACAGUUUUUGUUGCUGUUUAUUUAUGAAGAUUAAUGUAAUGUAUAAAGGCUAUGGUUAUACAGUGUUUUAAUUCUAUUGGUCUAUCUAUGGAGAGUGAAUGCAUUAGAAUGAGCUGGUACAUUGACAGUAUGUCUAUACUUACCUGUGAUCCCAGAUCUGGUUGUACUGUCUUGCCAACGUUAUCGGUGUCACUGUCAUGGAGUUGGCACAAACAGAUCUGGGAUCAGGCUAGAAACACUUCACCUUUUUUAGAAUGUAAAUAUCCCCUGUGGAGUCAACAAGGGUUAUUAAUCCAGUGUUUUAGCCAGGCACUGCAUCUGUUCAUCCUCACCCGUACCUGGCUAGCUUGUAUAAGGGUGGACCAACAUACUAUUGGAAUAUAAGCAUUUCACUACACUCACAAUAACAUCUGCUAAUCAUGUAUAUGUGACCAAUAACAUGUGAUUUGAUAUCUUAUUUUGUAUUUGCCAUGGUCAGUACAACACACACAGUAGAUACAGUGUUGUCUAGGGAACUGAGGAGUGUGUACAGUGUGUUUAAAUCACCAUUGUAUUGUCACGGACACUGUAACUGUCUCUAACACAAGUGUUCAUUAAUAUGAAAUAAAAUAGUGUAAUGUAUUAAGUAUGAUAUUGAUUCACCCAGCCUCAGACAGUGCUUGAAAAUUAAGAGACUUAAACCCACUACACUAUAACAAUUACACUAGCAAAUAGUCAACUCUUAUCACCACUAACUCAGACAAUGUGUGUGGUAUUGUAGUGUACAAAAAUUACGACUACUACAUCUACCAUUCUAGAAUGUGUGUCUGUGUUCUACCUUGUAAACAAUGCUAAACACCUCCACAAUGGGAAACAACUAGUAGCCUGGGUGACGGUCUGUUCCUGCUCUUGUCAACUCCUUAUGGAAUUAUCCGGUCAGGAUAAUGAGUGACAAUAAGUUGGUAAGGUAUCAAAAAAACGAUUUGGAACCAGGCUAAAGGAGCAGCUAGUAUAGGAGGAAGUAGUUGAGGCUGGUUCAGUUCUUGUUGUUCUUUAACCUGUGGCUACAUUAUAGAGUACGGGCCUACAGUAGUGGCAGACUACUGCUACCCCUCGAGUCUGCAGUAGUAGUAGCACCACAAAACCUCUCCUCUCCCGACGGCGUCCCUAAUGGUCCUAAAUAGUCUUCCAGAGAAGAAGGGACAUGGACUGGGGACGGGGGGAGGGGGCAGGGAAAGGUUUUAACCCACGUAACAGAGACUGUAUCAGGGCCAGACCUUGCGGAGGAAGUAUGGUGUGCGAGACUAGUGUUAUUCCUCGGUUAUCUCCUGUACCCACCGCCAUCUCCCCUGCCCUGCCCUGCCCUGCCCUGCCCUGCCCUGCCCUGCCCUGCCCUGCCCUGCCCUGUCUGUGUAUAGUGUCAACAACAUUUAAAUGUACAGUCAAUGUUUUGAUCAACUGUCCAAGAAUUGCAUUAGUUGUCAAUGUUAUUGGUAUUGCUGUGACAUUGUACUCCAGUUAUUCAUACCAUAUGGUCACAAAGCCAAGACUUUUAUCAGAUCUCCUUUAAAUAUGAACUAUGUUAAAAGGCAGAAGGCUGUAUAACUAGUGGCCAUUGUUGCCCUGAUAAAGUAUUUGCCCCCUUUUUAAUUUUCUCUUCUUUUGCAUAUUUUUGAUACUGAAUGUUAUCAGAUCUUCAACCAAAACCUAAUAUUCGAUACAGGAAACCUGAGUGAACAUAUAACACAACAAUUACAUACUUUAUUUAAUUUUUUGCAUAAACAAAGUUAUGCAACACCAAAUGCCCCCUGUUUGAAAAAGUAAUCGCCUCCUUACACUCAAUAACUGGUUGUGCCACCUUCAGCUGCAAUGACUCCAAACACUUCCUGUAGUUGUUGAUCAGACUCUCACGUCGCUGUGGAGGAAUUUUGGCCCACUCUUCCAUGCGGAACUGCUUUAAUUCAGCGACAUUUGUGGGUUUUCAAGCAUGAAAUGCUUGUUUCAAGUCCUGCCACAACAUCUCAAUUGGGAUUAGGUCUGGACUUUGACUAGGCCAUUCCAAUCUUCAAAUGUGUUGCUUUUUAGCCAUUUUCAUGUAGACUUCAUUGUGUUUUGAAUCAUUGUCUUGCUGCAUGACCCAGCUGCUCGUCAGCUUCAGCUCACAGACAGAUGGCCUGACAUUCUCCUGUAGAAUUCUCUGAUACAGAGCAGAAUUUAUGGUUCCUUCUAUUAAGGCAAGUGGUCCAGGUCCUGAGUCAGCAGGACCAGCAGGACCACCACCAUGCUGACCCCAAACCAUCACACUACCAACACCAUGCUGGACCGUUGGUAUGAGGUUCUUACUGUGGAAUACAAUGACGGCCUAGGAACAGUGGGUUAACUGCCUUGUUCAGGGGCAGAACGACAGAUUUAUACCUUGUCAGCUCGGGGAUUCAAUCUAGCAACCUUUCGGUUACUGGCCCAACGCUCUAACCACUAGGCUACCUGCCCAACGCUCUAACCACUAGGCUACCUGCCCAACGCUCUAACCACUAGGCUACCUGCCCAACGCUCUAACCACUAGGCUACCUGCCCAACGCUCUAACCACUAGGCUACCUGCCCAACGCUCUAACCACUAGGCUACCUGCCCAACGCUCUAACCACUAGGCUACCUGCCCAACGCUCUAACCACUAGACCACCUGCCGCCCCAUAAUAGAACCCAUGUCCAAAACGUUUACUCAAGUUUUCCAAAAUGACGAUUAUCAAGACUUCUGGAAGAAUGUUCUAUGGACAGAUGAUUGAAAAGUAGAAUUUUUUGGAUGACAUGGGUCCCAUUUGUUAAUUAAAUAAAUAAAAUGACCGUUCUUUGUAAACUCAGGUUCCCGUUAUCUAAUAAUAGGUUUUGGUUGAAGACCUGCUAACAUUCAGUAUCAAAAAUAUGCAAUAGUAGAGAAAAAUGAGAAAGGGGGCAAAUACUUUUUCACUGUACGUCUAAGUAUGAAUUCCCAGGGGUGGAAAUGUUUGAAAUCUGAAAUAUAUUAUGUGACCAGUGGACCUAAGUUUACAAAAAUGCCUCUCCAACUGUUCUUUCCUAUUGUUGCAGCCAAUGCUUGUCUAUCAGGCAGACUGUCAGAUGUGCUGAAAAUGAAUCUGUCUUUGCUCUGAUGGUUGAUCAACAUUUGUGUUAUAAUGAUUUGUUGUUAAUAAGGAAAACUGAUAAAAACGACUGAUUUUGUAAUUACUGGAAAAUACUAAUGGGUGCAUUAACAUAUUUUGAAUAAAUUGUAUAUUUUGA